UUUUGGAAAAGGCUCCAGCUGGCAGGGGGCGGGGGCAGGAAGGGAAGAAGUUUUAAAGACGGCUCCAGCCUUUUGCCUAUUGGACCAAAGCCUCUCCCCGCAAGUUCGGUGGUUUUCCCCAGUUGUAUUUUUUCCCACCGGCUGCCGGGUUGGUUCUCCGCGGCGCGGCGCGGCGCGGCCCCCAGGCGCACGGCCCGCGGCGAUGCUCUAGGCGCCGCUGAGAUGCGCUAGGGGCAAAGCCGGGGCACCUCGAGGGGAGCGGGCCCCCCCGGCGGCGCGCAGAGCGGCCGGGAGCUGCGAGGAACCGAGCCGCGGGGGCGGGCCGGGGCCGGGGCCGGGACGCUGCCCAGGAGGGCGAUCGGGAGAAGAGGAGGCGGGGGAGGAAUCGCUGGAGGCUGGGGAGCGAGCCCCGCGCACGGAUGCGGCCUGCAGUGCAGCUGAACCCCACCAUGCUCCUUCCAGCUCUGAAGAUGUUCCUCCUCUUCCUUGCAGGUUUGCCAGCUGCAGUGUCUGGAAGCAGCAAGCUGCACAUUUCACCCAGUGACCCCGAAGUCAUCCUCAGUCUCUUGAGCAACUUCUCACUGACAUGCUCGGGGGAGGCCGAGGUGGUCUGGGAACGGGACACGCAGCCCAUAGCCGCAUCACCGGAGUGGAGAGACGGCACCUUCUCCAGCAUGCUCACGCUCUGGAACGUGACAGGCCUUGACACGGGGGAGUAUGCCUGCACCUACAACCAAUCCCAGAACCAGAAGCACGUGGAAAGACAGGCUGUCUAUGUCUUUGUGCCAGACUCCUCCUUGGUCUUCCUCCCCACAACCUCCGAGGAAUCAUUCAUCUUCAUCACCGGCAACAGCGAGGCCACCAUCCCGUGCCGCGUCACUGACCCCCAGGCCACGGUGACUCUCUAUGAGAGGAAGGUGGAGAACCCAAUUCCCGCAGUCUAUGACAGGCAACAAGGCUUCAAGGGGUUCUUCGAAGACAAGACCUACAUCUGCCGGGCAAGGCUGGAUGAGCGGGAGGCAGACUCUGAGGCGUAUUAUGUCUACAGAAUCCAGGUCUCGUCCCUCAAUGUUUCCAUCAGCGCAGUGCAGACCGUGGUGAAGCGAGGCGAGAACAUCACCGUGAUGUGCACUGUAAGCGGCAACGAAGUGGUCGAUUUCAGCUGGUUUUACCCUCGCCAGGAGGCAGGUAAGGCCGUGGAGCCUGUGAUGGCCUUCUUGCCUGGAUCCAGCCAUGACAUCCGCUCCACCGUGACCAUCCAGAACGCAGAGCUGGAGGACGCCGGCACCUACAUCUGCCACGUCUCCGAGGUCUACCUCCAGAAUAUGGACAAGAAGGACAUUGAGGUCAACGUGAUCGAGCGCGGCUUUGUGAGGUUCCACACUGGUCUGUACAACGUCGAGUUGGCCGAGGUGCACAAGAGUCGCACCCUCCAGGUGCAGAUCGAGGCCUAUCCACAGCCAACCAUCCUGUGGCUGAAGGACAAUGAGACUCUGUGGGUGGGGAACAGCAGCGAAUUCGCCAUCACCAGCAAGAACCUCUCGGAAACGAGGUACCAAACCACUCUGACCCUGGUGCGGGUGAAGCAGAAAGAAGGGGGAUUCUACACCGUCCGGGCAUCCCAUGAGGAUGACACGCAGGAGCUGUCCUUCUACCUGCAAAUUAACGUACCCGCCAACGUGUUGUCGCUGAAGGAGAACAGCAAUGCCAGCAGUGGGGAGCAGACGGUCACGUGCUCCACUGAAGGGAUGCCCCAGCCGGAGCUCAGGUGGUUCACCUGCAGCGACAUCAAAGGGUGCGGCACCAAGGAGCAGCCCACCAGGGUCCUGGAGAACAACUCAGAGGAGAUCAACCUGCAGACCAUCUCCACGUACCACGAGACACUGAAGGUUUACAGAGUGAACAGCACGCUGUGGCUCCGCAGGGUGGACGAACCCCUGCUCAUCAGAUGCUCUGUGCAGAACCUCCUGGGCAGCAACUUUCAGGACAUCACCCUGGUCUCACACGCUUUGCCCUUUAAGAUGAUCAUCAUCUCAGUCAUUCUGGCCUUGGUGGUGGUGCUUGCCGUCAUCUUCCUGGUGAUCCUCAUCAUCCUGUGGCUGAAGAAGCCUCGCUAUGAAAUCCGUUGGAAGGUGAUUGAGUCGGUCAGCUCUGACGGACAUGAGUACAUCUACGUGGAUCCGAUGCAGCUCCCCUACGACUGCAGCUGGGAGCUCUCCAGGGACAAGUUAGUGCUAGGUCGCACUCUCGGAUCCGGAGCCUUUGGCCGAGUGGUGGAGGCAACAGCCCAUGGCCUGAGCCAUUCGCAAUCCAUGAUGCGAGUGGCCGUGAAAAUGCUCAAAUCCACCGCCAGGACCAGCGAGAAGCAGGCCCUGAUGUCUGAGCUGAAGAUCAUGAGCCACCUGGGACCUCACCUAAACAUUGUCAACUUGCUUGGAGCCUGCACCAAAGGAGGCCCCAUCUAUAUCAUAACAGAGUAUUGCCGCUAUGGAGACCUCGUGGACUAUCUGCUCCGGAACAAGCACACCUUUCUCCAGUACUACACCGAGAAAGCAAGGCGAGAGAUGGAGGUGUAUGGGAAUGCCUCCGAAGAGGACAAGGUGUACAGCCUCACCUCCUUUUCUGUUGAAAGCGACGGAGGCUACAUGGAUAUGAGCAAGGAUGACUCCCUGGACUACGUUCCCAUGUCUGAUAUGAAGGGAGAGAUCAAGUAUGCUGACAUUGAGUCCUCCAACUACGGCACCCCCUACGAGCUGGACAGCUAUUCCCCCUCAGCUCCCGAAAGGACGGAUCGUGUGACCCUGAUAAACGAGUCCCCGCUCCUCAGCUACACAGACCUGGUUGGGUUUAGUUUCCAGGUGGCCAACGGGAUGGAGUUCCUCGCAUCCAAAAACUGUGUGCACCGAGACCUGGCAGCAAGGAACGUCCUCAUCUGCGAGGGGAAGCUGGUGAAGAUCUGUGACUUUGGCCUGGCCAGAGAUAUCAUGAGAGAUUCCAACUACAUCUCCAAAGGCAGCACCUUCCUGCCUUUGAAAUGGAUGGCGCCUGAGAGCAUCUUCAACAACCUCUACACAACCCUGAGUGAUGUGUGGUCUUUUGGGAUCCUUCUCUGGGAGAUAUUCACUCUGGGUGGGACUCCAUACCCUGAACUACCCAUGAAUGAGCAGUUCUACAAUGCCAUCAAAUGUGGCUAUCGAAUGUCUAAACCCACCCAUGCUUCCAACGAGAUCUAUGACAUCAUGCAGAAAUGUUGGGAAGAGAAGUUUGAGAUAAGACCUUCCUUCUCUCAACUGGUGGUACUUAUGGGGAACCUCCUGGCAGAUGGAUACAAGAAGAGGUACCAACAGGUUGAGGAGGAAUUCCUGAAGAGCGACCACCCUGCUGUUCUGCGCACCAGGCCCAGAAUCCCAGGGGUCAGCAGCGCCGGGCCCACCCCCAGCUCCGGCACCGGAAGUGUCCUGUAUACAGCUGUGCAGCAGGAUGGGGGGGACAACGAUUACAUCAUCCCCCUCCCUGAUCCCAAGCCCGACGGAAUCGAUGACGCCCCUCAGGAGGCUUCUGUCAGCCGGGCCAGUUCUACUCUGAAUGAAGUGAACACAGCGUCCACAAUAUCCUGUGACAGUCCCCUGGACCUACAGCAGGAAGGGGAACAGGAACCCGAACCAAAGUCGGGCUGCCAGGAGCCAAGCCCAGGGCACCACGACAUGGAAGAAAGUUUUCUGUAGGAGGGGGCAGAGCUGAUGCCACCCCAUACCCUACCAGUGAGACCAGCUGUGGGGCAACCAGACUUGGUGGAGAACCUUGUUGGGUGCUUAUUUAUCCUGCCCUCUGUCACACCUCCCGACAUAAUGUGGACUAUAGAGGCACCUUUCCUCACCCCCAGCCUCACUGCCACACUCCACCCCAUUGAUCAAACUACUGAAACGAGGAGGGGUCUCCUCACAGACAAAUCUCUUCUCCUCACAGCAAAGCCUGCAGUGCUCCCAGACUAAGGGGCAGGGCGCCAGUGAGUAUCCAGAGGAGAUGCUACCGUUCACUCUACUUGUUUGAUAUCCCAGCCUCUUUCCCAUGCCCGGUGCAAUAGGUGGCGGCUCUGAAUUUCAGUGUCCAUCUGGGCCGAAGUUGCCUCUUUGAUUUUCUGCGUAUCCACCAUGCUGUGGUACAGCUGCCGUAGUGCUGUACAUGGCUGGGCUGGACAGAUUCCUUGCAGCUCACUGGUGGGGUGUCGGGAAGCCGACAGGCCAGGCCCCAGUCGCUAGAGAACAGGAUCAUACUGAGUGGAUUCUCUCUCGAUCACAGAAGAGCUAUUGUGGCCGCUGAGGAGAAACCAGCCAUGGGUUUCGGAGACAUUUAGUCACAUUCUUCCCCUCUUGCCCUGUCCAGCCUUUCUGAGAUGGAUGCGGCAUCACAAGCACUAUGGUACAGGUACCUGUGGCACUGGGCCACAAUGCUGCAUCUACCCUAGGAGAUGUCUUAGGCUGACCCUCUUUCUGCCCACAGAAGCCUGGGUUCCGAAGGGCCUGCCAGGAAUCAGGGAUGCUCUGAUUAGGACUGCUGUGGCAGCAGCAGCUCAAUGCAGCAUUGUCUUCCUCUGUGAGGACUCUAAGCCUAGACAGUCUCCAUUAUCGCUCAUUUAAAGGGAACAAAUAAGAUCUCUUAAUUCACUAGCCAGGGCCAGUAUAGGAACAAAAAUGGCUAUUCAUUAAUUCUCUAGUGCCACGGAACCUAUUUUACCUGCUGGGAAAGUCUCUCAACCCAGCUGGUGCCAGAAUCUGUGUUUUUAUCUUUGGGAAGCAGUGGUAUGAAGUUGACGUUACUUUGUUCAUACGAGUUCUCCUUUCCGUGCCGUCUGGGUCCCUCAUGGGAAUUGCAGCCUCUUGCCCUAGGUGAGUCACCAGGCUGCAUAAACAUAAACCCAGGUGGUCCAGGGACAUGGAGAGAGAGAGAGGGGUUGAGAAGUCAUUGGUAGUGAUGCGAGACUCACCCCUGCAGCGCCUCCUGCUGGUCAUCCAGGGAAUUAGCUCACCAGCCUCCAGAUCGCCCUCUGUCGGCCGGUGUCUCGCCUCUCGCUAGCCCCCGUGUCCCUCCUGGAUCCCGGUGCCCCUUCCCCCUAUCCCCACCUGGCCUCAGUAUAUGGCUACUGCCAGUCACCACCUAGCCCCUGUUCACUGGGGCAGACUGCAGUGUACACCACUCAUCACAAGCAAGGGGGGUUUGGACCUGCUGCCUCCACCUACCCUUGGGCUGCCCUGUUGCAACCCCAGUACCCUGUCUUAGGCUGUCUGCCAGGCCUGCAGCCUGGGGCUUUCCAGCCUGGAGCCUCCCAGCUCCUCUGGCCUUCCCCAGCCCUGUUUCACCUCAAGUACCGUGGUACGCUCCCCAGUAGCCAGGCCUGUCUCAUUCCACAGCUAGGGGAGACUCUGUCUGAGCAUCUGGCUCACGGCCCUUUUAUGAGGGCCAGCUGUGGUCUGUUUGAGACGUGGCCCCAGCUGUGCCUACUUCCCCAAUCAGCCUGAGAGCUACUUGCCCCCAGCCACAGCCCUCUCCUGGGCUGUUUUAAGCCCCUCUGGGCAGGAGGGGGUGACCACCCCGCUACAUCAUCUGAGAGCUGUAUACGGUCCUGCCAUUUACCGUCUCUUUGACUGUACAAAUACAUGGGGGAAGCCAACUUUUAAACAACAAGCAGCCUUUGUGUUUGCCAGGAGCAGCUGUUCUCAUGCUGACAGGAUCCAUGGAGCCUUUCCGGAUGGUACAUUUUGGGACCCAAGCAGAGGAGGAAGGAUCAGGUUGUCAGAUGGGAAGUGGGCCUUAGAAAGUGGAAUGCAGAAUGGAAAUGUUGGAGACCCCUUGUCUUCCUUCAGACCCCUCCUCUAUCCCCAUUGGCAGGGCUGUGGCCUGUAGUGCUCUGAGCUUCCACUCAUAAUUCAAAGAGUUAAACCAGGUGGAAAGAAAGGAAACCAUGAAAAUCCCCACCAGAGUGGCAGAAAAGCCAUAAAACCAGGAAGGUUAUCACAAUGCCUUCAGUUAGGAAACCAGCAUUUUCUCCCUUUUGAAUAGCAUCAGAUUUCUUAGCACCCUUUUCCUCCACAUCCACAGCUCCUUCUCGCUCAUCCACUUCCCUGUCUCUCUCUCACACACAGUGGCUGUGCACUUAUUAACAGAGAUGGUUGGAAAUGUUCAAAUUUUCAAUGAUGUUCUUUGUGGAGGUUUGUUGGCCAGUUUAUAGAGCCGUCUAAAACUGUCCACCAAAAAACAUUGAAAAUUUUGGUGUGUUUUCCAAUCAGCUCUAGUUGUUAACAGUGACAUAUUUAUAAAGUUAAAUCCAGAGGAACAGGUACCUGUGUGUGUGGCGGGGGGGUUAUGUUUUUAAUAAAACGUGAAAGCUAGACAUAGCACUGUUAGUGGUAGCCAGCCAAGUGCUACUGCAAUACUGCAAACCAUGGCCAGGGGUGUUUAUUUCCUGCAAGUAUGAUCAGAUUUCUCAUAUCCCCUCAUCCUCAGGAAUCAUUAUGUGAAUGGCAACUGUUUUCCUACACACUCUUCCUCUUGAUCAUAGUGCAGGAUCCAGUGGACAUUACUCAAGAAAUGCCCCAAACCACAGGGAAGCAACAAGACAUGAGAUUGUCGGGGUUAGCUCACUUUUCCUCAGUUUCUUAGGUGCUCUGUAGGGCACAAGCCACUGAAACUUCAGCCAGGUGAAGGGAUACUGCUCUUAUCAAAUAGUUUGUGUCACGCUUUUGUCCCAGCUUUCUAACGCCUCUCAAUCUGGGUGGAUUUAACAGAUCCCCUCUAUGGUCAGAGCAGAUUUCUCUUUUUAUGAUGCCCCAUGCUACUACUUGAAAUAGAACCUGUGAUUUAAAGAACCCAUUCGCUAAUGCCCGCAUACCAGCCCUAUGCAAAAUUUAGUUGUACAAAUCUGACCUUGUGAAUCUGGGGCUAGCAGGAAGUCUGGCAAAGGUGUGCUGAUGCUGAACACUGUCUGGCUACUUCCAGCCCCCAUCUGGGCUUGACAUGAAGAGUUUGAUUUGCCUUCCGCUCCGCUGGGUUGGAAAGCUUUUUUGGUUUCACAUCCUGCUGCGAGCAUGCAGUGUCUCGCUGCCUUGUGUCAGAGUGAGACACCCACUCGGAUAAGGGCAGACAGCGCUGACCAGGUGAGCCUCCCCCAAGGUAAGAGAUCCAGCUGGGCAGCCUCAGUAACACCAAGCAGGGAAAACCCUUUUCAAAGAAAGGAGUCUGCUCAUUUUAAUUCCCCACCAGCCAAUGGAUACAAUGGGGACGGGUCCAUGGGCAAAGUACACCUACUCCUUAUAGUUGCCAGAAGAAAUUCCCUGGCCAAACCCUGCGAGGGGUUAAGGUUCACACCCUCUCUCUCUCUCUCUCUCUCUCUGCUUCUGAAAUCCCCACCCGGAUCCGUCAGACUUCUGGGGGUGACAAAUGUUUUAACCCAUCUAUUGUCAUCAAUUUUGUAGCCAUAAUUUGUCCUGAAGGGAACCGAUUCCUCUAAGGUUUUUAUUUUAUAUUGUUACUAUUUUUGUUUGUUUUUAAUGUUGGGGGAUGGGUCCAAACUGAACCCCUUUUCCAAGGACCCCAAAUGGUGGAGUCUCCAAACCCCCAAAAGGGAACCCAGUGCUGCAGUUUGGGCACAUCGCUGGUAUAUUUUUUUAACUCCUAUUUUAAUCUGCAGUCAUUACAAAGUUAUCCGCUCCAAUAUAUGCACAUUCCUCCUGCCAGUCAUGACUUCUGUGCAUCCGCGGGGUCUAUUGCUACACUACAGUGUCUCUCCAUAUUUAAGAUGCUUCCUCAGACUGACAUGUUUGAUUUUUUAAUGUUUGUCAUUUUCAGUUGGGUUGGUUUUGUGUAAGGAGAAUCAUGUUUAGUGUUUUGCGUCACGUUGUAAAGUCUAGAGCACGGUGGACUUUACUUGGAACUAAGUUGCCUCUAUUCACCCCUCUGGGAACCAGCAGCUCCUUGGUGGAGUCAGAACAGUGAGAUGGGAGCUAGACGUGCAAUGGCAAUGAGCAGUCAGUAGAAAGGUGGCCAAAACUGGUGUUAAAGACCCACCUAACUUAAGAUUGCCAACUCUCUGGGAGGUACAGCACCAACAGGCAGGAAGUAUCCAGUGUCGGAUGGAGAUCCUGGGGAACAAUGUGUUGUGUCAGUACACAAUACUGAACUAAGAUGGGGAGGGAUAUCUCAAAGCUGUAUCCUUUUGGGAGAGUUUUGCCACAUCCCAAGCACCAGAGAGGGCGGGGAUCCCUUCCUUGUUCCACUGCACAGAGGUUAGAGAAAGAACUAGAGUAACAUGUUGUUAGUCUGUCUCCUCCUCCUAAGCAAUGCAGAGUUAUUCCCCACAGGAUUUCUGCUCCAGCUGAGUUUUAACUUGAUCCCGCCAUUACCUAGGGAGGUGGUAGAAUCUCCAUCCUUAGAGGUUUUUAAGGUCAGGCUUGACAAAGUCCUGGCUGGGAUGAGUUAGUUGGUGUUGGUCCUGCUUUGAGCAGGGGGUUGGACUAGAUGACUUCCUGAGGUCUCUUCCAACCCUAAUAUUCUAUGAUUGUUGAAGGCUUCAUAGCAAGCCAGGUGGCAGUCCCAGAAUAGGUGGGGAGCUAAGAGUGACUGGCCACCUGACCCCGCUCCUCCCCCAUAAAGGGAGGGGGAAUUUAAAGAGACAGAGCCUUCCUUCUUACCCUCCCGUCUUCCCCCACAUCAAUUGAUGCCAAUCCCAGCAUUGCCAGUUUUUGCAAAGGGGUUAAAAUAUUGGCGCAGGCUCAUACAACUGCGACACACACAUGCAGGGUACCAGGGAAAUGCUCUCCUUUCCCCACUUUAGGUUUAAGACAAUGCUAAGAGAGUGGCUGGCUCCUGACCCUUCCCUAGAGCGCUGGCGACCCUAAAUACAACACAGUAGUUUAUCUGCAGUGUUUCUAUUCAGAGCAAAAGGGUAGCUGAUCUGCAGCUUUUACAUCACAUUACUGCAAGUGGCAACUCUGCUCCAUGGCCCAUGGGACCAAGCUGCUGCAUUUCCUGGAUUUCCAGACCUGUAGGGACACUUGCUUAGGUCAAGCCUAUCAGAAACCUGAGCUGCAUCAGACAGGUCACUGACACAAGCCUAACACAGCAUGUCUCAGUGACGUGGCAACAGCGGGGAAUAUAACAAAUUGGGACGGGGGAGAACCAUUAAUGAAAUUCUCCCCAGUGAGAUCAAACUGCAGUGAGAUCAAACUGCAGUGUAAUGAGCCACCCAUCCCCAUGGUAUGUCUCCUGGGCUCCUCCUCCCCUCACUUUCAAGCCUCAUUGUAGGCUCAGCAGCUUCCUUCCUACUAGCAGUCAUUUCAGACCUGGUGCAUCUCUAGUUCCUCUAACCUUCGUUUCAACCUUCUGCAUUUCAAUGGAUAGGAGCCAAAGUUUAAAGUGCCAGGUCAGAACUGGAGCGGGACAUCUGACACAGACUGUCAAGUGGCAGUGACAGAACGGAAGGGAAGACCCUGCAGGGAAGGGACAGUGGAUUAGGAAGCAGGUCAUAUUGAGCCAUGGUGGCCUGAUGCAGAGUUCAAUGAAAGAGAAUCAGAUCUUUUGCUUGGAGCCACUCAGCAAUGCCAUUUUUAAAGGUGAAAUGAUAUUGAUGCUGGUACUCUGUGCACACGCAACCUUGCAGUCGCGAUCACUUUCACACCUUAUAGACAGGGAAUGUCAUGGAGGGGCCUGCCCGCCAAGCAGAUUAUCAGCCUCACCCCAUUUGUUUCUAUCUAUGGUACUUAUCUGACUCUCAUUACUGGGAUAUCUGUGCGCCUCAGUCUUUAGUGUAUUUGUCCUCACAGCGCCCCUGUGGACCAGGGCAGUGCUUGUAUAGCCACUGUACAGAAGGGAACUGAUGCCCAGAGAGGCUAAGUGACUUGUCCAAAGUCACACAAGGAGUCUGUGAGAGAGCAGGGAAAUGCACCCAGGACUCCCAAGUCAGCACCCUCCCCACUGGACCAGUUAAAUGGAAUUCCCAGUUUCCCAUGAAGGGGCAAACCUUGCUCUCUAGUGUAAAUCUGGAGUGCCAGAGUGUCGCCAUGGAGUUGUUCUAGAUUUGCUCCCGGGUUACUCUGAGAAGAGCUUGGCCAGAUGUGUGAUUUGUUUCCUCUAGUCUUAAGGGAUGAACGAAAUUGAGGAGCCAAGCAGUGGGAGGGCAUAUGACACGGGACUGGUAUGUCUCGCCUCCCCCCUCCACCCCCCCCGCCCCGUUUGCUGUUUUCCCCUUUAUAGAUUGCACUACCAAUUCCAAAGCAUUAGUGAGUUUGCCCACUGAUUUCUGUCUCUCUCAGCUCACCCCCGCACGGUACAAUAUGGAUAAUCUGUUGGGAUUGCACCUUUUUAUAGCAUGUUAUUAGGCUGGUGUGGAAUCUCUGAACAGAAACAGCGCCUGUAUUUGCAUUUUUCCUAUUAACCUGUCCUAAGCCAUCAUGAGGGCAAUACACAGAACAGCCUUCAAACUAAGGUACCAAAGAAUUAACGUUAUCCUAGGUUUACAAAUGUAUUUGUAGGGCUCAUAUUAAGCUACAUUUAUACCCAUGAGAUAUUAUUUUUUAUGCUGUAAACUUUAUAUACAUGUUUUUAAGGAAAGAUUUUAAAAUUAAAGGUGUUUCUUCUUUUUCAA